UAUCUGUGUUCUCAGUAUUAGUGUUCUCAGUAUCUGUGUUCUCAGUAUUUGUGUUCUCAGUAUCUGUGUUCUCAGUAUUUGUGUUCUCAGUAUCUGUGUUCUCAGUAUUUGUGUUCUCAGUAUCUGUGUUCUCAGUAUUUGUGUUCUCAAUAUUAGUGUUUUCAGUGUUAGCGUUCUGAGUAUUUGUGUUCUCAGUAUUUGUGUUCUCAGUAUUUGUGUUCUCAGUAUUUGUGUUCUCAGUAUUUGUGUUCUCAGUAUUUGUGUUCUCAGUAUUUGUGUUCUCAGUAUUUGUGUUCUCAGUAUUU